CCGAGGAGGGGAGGAAGCGCCCGGCCGCCGUGAGGGGAGCGGCGCCGAGGGAGGAGCGGAGAGCGGAGCAGCGCGGAGCGGCGGCUCGUCCCCGCCGCCCGGGGAAAACAGGAAGAAAAUGAACCUGAAAUCUGAACGCAGAGGAAUUCACGUCGAUCAGUCAGAGCUACUGUGCAAGAAGGGAUGUGGUUACUAUGGCAAUCCUGCUUGGCAGGGAUUUUGCUCCAAGUGCUGGAGAGAGGAAUACCAUAAGGCCAGACAGAAACAGAUUCAAGAGGAUUGGGAGCUGGCAGAGCGGCUUCAGCGUGAGGAAGAAGAAGCAUAUGCCAGUAGUCAGAGUACCCAAGGGGCACAGUCACUGACCUUUUCAAAAUUUGAAGAAAAGAAAACCAAUGAGAAAACGCGAAAGGUCACUACCGUGAAGAAGUUCUUCACUGCUUCUUCCAGAACAGGAGCUAAGAAGGUGGCUCAAGAGAAAAUCGUUAAGCCAGGACAGCUUGGGAGGGAGCGAAAUGCUGAUAACAUUCUCAGGGAUUUGAAGGAGAUUUUUACUCCCUCCUGGGAACUGGCUUCCCCUACUGAAGAGAUCCAAGAAGCCAAGGCUCCCAGCCCUUCUAUAAACAGGCAGGCUAGCAUCGAGACAGAUCGAGUAUCCAAGGAAUUCAUAGAAUUUCUCAAGACGUAUCAAAAGCCUGGACAAGAUAUCUAUAAGCAAUGUAAACUAUUUUUGGACACAAUGAAUCAUAAAAGGGACUUAAGCAUUGAGGAGCAAUCUGAAUGUGCCCAGGACUUCUAUCAAAAUGUAGCAGAGAAAUUACAGACACGUUGGAAAGUGCCCCCUGAAAAAGUAGAGAAAGCAAUGGAUCAGAUUGAAAAAUAUAUUAUGACUCGACAGUAUAAAUAUGUCUUUUGCCCUGAAACAACUGAUGAUGAGAAGAAAGAUCUUGCUGUCCAAAAGAGAAUCAGGGCUUUGCACUGGGUAACUCCACAAAUGCUGUGUGUUCCUGUCAAUGAAGAAAUUCCAGAAGUCUCCGAUAUGGUUGUAAAAGCAAUUACAGAUAUUAUUGAAAUGGAUUCAAAGCGUGUCCCUCGUGAUAAAUUAGCAUGCAUCACCAAGUGCAGCAAGCAUAUAUUUAAUGCUAUUAAAAUCACAAAAAACGAACCAGCUUCUGCUGAUGACUUUCUUCCAACACUUAUAUACAUUGUUUUGAAGGGAAACCCACCCCGUCUGCAGUCUAACAUCCAGUAUAUAACACGCUUCUGUAAUCCAAGCAGGUUAAUGACAGGAGAAGAUGGCUACUACUUUACCAAUCUGUGCUGUGCUGUGGCCUUCAUUGAAAAACUGGAUGCUCAGUCUUUAAAUCUAAGCCAAGAAGAUUUUGAUCGUUUUAUGACUGGUCAGACAUCCCCGAAGAAGCAAGAAUCUGACAGUUUCUCACCUGAUGUGUGCCUGGGUGUUAAGCAAAUGUAUAAAAACUUAGACCUCCUGUCUCAGUUGAAUGAGAAACAGGAAAGAAUUGUCAAUGAAGCCAAGAAGCUUGAGAAAGACCUGAUAGAUUGGACUGAUGGAAUAACAAAGGAAGUCCAAGAUAUUGUUGAGAAAUAUCCAUUAGAAAUAAAACCAAAAAGUCAAGCCUUAGCAGCUAUUGACUCUGAAAAUGUGGAGAAUGACAAGCUGCCCCCACCACUGCAGCCUCAGGUUUAUGCAGGAUAAUUAUCAGUAGUAACUCUGAAAAGCAUCAUUAUUCUCACCUAGUACUAUCAGCUACUUGGGAAGGGAAGUACAUUUAAGGCUAAAAAUCAGAUGAGCUUAAAUCAGUACAUUUUUAAAGGUACAUUUUUUUGUUAAGUGUAAUGAAUUGUAUUUAUUUUAGUCAAGUAGAUUUCUAUUAGGCUUUUAUGGGUUUUUGAACUGAAUUUAAAUUUUCUACACAAACCGGUGUAAUUUUUAAGCAACACUAGUCCAUUGACAUUUUUCCUGAAAGCUUCCUUGUAGGCAUGCACUUACUUGUUUUUAAUAAGUAGUUUAACUUGAAUUCGAGUCCCAGCAGAAACUCAAAAGGUACCAAUGUUAGUCUGAAUUUAUUCUGUAGCUGUAAAGAUGAAAUAUAUAUUGUAAAAUAUGUAAAAUUGUAAAUAGAUUUAAAAUCUAAUGUCUCAACUGUGCAUGACAUCUUGUGUAUGAGUGAAAAUGAUAUAGAAGUGUUCAUUUUAGCACCUUUCAGUUAAAUCAUGUUGCAGUAUAAAGGCAAGUACACUGUUAAUGUUUCAAUAAGCUAGAUGGUAUAACUGAUGAAUUGCAGUCAGAGAGGAUAUUGUUGUAAUGAUUUGAAAACUUGACACUCAUCUCAAUUUGCUCUGUAAAAAAAAAAA